CUUUCUCUGUCCUCACGUCCCUGACGCUCUGACCACCGUAUAUUCAUUCGUUCAUUCGCUCGGUGCUCAACUUUUCCAGGCCCAAGAGAAAUCUCUCCGUUCUAAGCUUCGUGGAAAUGCAUAUAGCUGAGAAUUAGGGUUUUGGAUUUGAAGAAAAAUGCCGUUGGCAAGGUACCAGAUACGGAACGAGUACAGCUUGGCGGAUCCGGAGCUGUACAGAGCAGCGGACAGGGAUGAUCCGGAGGCUCUCCUGGAAGGCGUGGCCAUGGCCGGCCUUGUUGGAGUCUUGCGCCAGCUCGGCGACCUUGCGGAGUUUGCUGCUGAGAUAUUCCGUGACUUGCAUGAAGAAGUAAUGACAACUGCUGCAAGAGGCCAUGGUCUUAUGGUUCGCGUUCAACAGCUUGAGGCAGAAGUUCCUUCAAUUGAGAAGGCAUUUCUGUCCCAAACAAGUCAUUCAUUAUUAUUUUCCAAUGCAGGUGUUGAUUGGCAUCCUAAUCUGCGUACGGAACAGAAUCUGGUAACUCAGGGGGACUUACCUCGCUUUGUUAUGGAUUCUUAUGAAGAAUGCCGGGGUCCACCACGGUUAUUUCUGCUGGACAAGUUUGAUGUUGCGGGGGCUGGGGCUUGUCUAAAGCGUUAUACUGAUCCAUCAUUCUUCAAAGUGGAAGCAGCAUCCUCUACAACAGCAACAGCAACAGCAGAGGUUCAGAGGGAAAAGAAAAACCGCAAAAUGAAGAAAAAAGGAUCACGCUGGAGGAAUGGAGAAACACCUGAUGUCCACCUCCCGUCACAUGCCAAAUUGCAUCAGUUGUUUCUGGAGGAGCGUAUUGAGAAUGGUUGUAGUGACUCUGCACGUCUUGUGAAGUUGAAGAGAAGGCAAUUGAAUGGAUCUCCCUUUAACUCAAAAGCUGGGAAAAGUAUCAUGGAGAAAUUCCUGGAGACUCCUACUCCAGAGCAGAAGGUGCUUCAUGAAAUUUAUGUCACUUCACCCAUGAAAUUGACCAAAGAUGAUUCUAGUGAAUCAGGGCUUGAAAUACUUGAAAUCAGUACUGUGAGUCCUGGAAAGAAGUCACCUCAAGGAAAGGAAAGCGCAUGUUCCUCACCUAAUGCACAGGAAGUAGUUUCAAUACCAUACAUGGACAAGUUUAAUGCACAGGAAGUGGUUUCAAAACCAUACGUGGAUAAGUUUAAUGGCGAUGUCAUUGGUGGUGAAAUUGUGGAAGUGCCUGGACCAGCUGAUGGUGUUGAUACGGAUGAUAUUUCUUCCUCCGCCCUCCAUAACAUAGCAGUUGAUGGUGAACUCAAAACAGAAGGCAGUGUAGAUGGGUACCAUUCUGAUGAUUUGACAAGUGAGAUAGACAAUUACAUGGAUGCACUUACCACCAUGGAAUCAGAAAUGGAAACAGAAAAUGAGUAUAGAUCUAAGAAUGAGCGGGGAUUCUUGACUGUUAAAAAACGUGGGAGAGAUUCUGAUGGAAAUGAAGAAAAUCUGCAGUACCAAGCUCAAUCUUCGGAUUCUCAAUCAUUUGGAAACUCCUCUGCAUCAGAUUGUGGGAAUGGUUCAUUCAAGAAUAACAGAUCCAGUUUUUCCGACUCUGAUACACUAAGCAGUUUGGCCGAGAAUACGGCAUCUAGUGGUGAUGGAGCAGCUAAAGUGUUCCCUUCUACUGAAACUUGUGCAGCUGAGAGUGUGGAUAUGCCAUCCAGUCAGCUGAUGGAUGAGUCUAUGGGAAUCAAAUCUGAUGAGCUUGCAGUGCCUAACGGUACAUGCAUUAAGGCAGACAAGAUCCCUGAUCUUGGAGAAGCAUCAUGUAGUUCAUGUCUUACAGAUUCCAUACCUUUGCUGCUACCUUUGGAUCAUGGAGUACACUCGUCAAUAGAUGCAUUACUGGGUCCUGAAGUAGAGGAAGCGACGUUUGACUCUAUUAAGCUUGGUUCGAAGUUAUCAGAAACUGAUGAAAUUGGGGAAAAUCUAGCUUAUUCUAGAGCUGUUGGCUCUGAUGUUCCCUCCCAACCUAUGAAUGAUAUUCAUCUUAUAGUUUCUGGUGAAAGCCAUCUGGAUGGUGAAGAUCCAAAUGUUGUUUCCGAUGCUUCGCUGCAUUUGCCGGACAUUUCAGAGCUGACUCCUGAAAAUAAAAGGAGUGACAAUUCUCUUAAUAAAGUGCUUCAAACAGAAUCUGCAGAUGAAGAUUAUUCUGAAAAUUUGGUUGGAGGGAUUGGUUCACCACAUUUAAGUAUUACACCUACAGAAAAGCCGCUCCUUCGCUCAGUCUUGCCAGAAGUAGAAGCGGGUUCAGAUGUGGUACCUACUACUUGUUCUUUAGAUGUUGCAGAUCAGGAUGACAUAGUUUCCAAAGCCGGUGGUUCUCUUAUGGAAAAUGGAAUCAACUCAGAAGACUUAACUCACAUGGGGGAAACUCAAAAGACACAAAACGUAGAGGUGCAGCAACUCUCAGAUUUAAUAGACAAUAAUAUUGCAGAAGUUGAACUUGAUUCUGCAGAAUUGGGUGUUCCAUAUUCUGAUGAGAAAUCAGAUGUAGAUGACAUUCCAAGGGCAGGAGAUGGUAAGGAAGUUGGUAUGUCCACCUGCAAUGUGGAUGUGGUAGGAGGUGAUGCUGUUCCUCUUGAAGUUCCAUCUAAUUAUCAAAAUUACCCGUGCCAUGAGGAUCAUGUAAAUUUAGAUGCUGUGGUAACUGAGCCAGUUAUAGCAGAUGAGUCUCUGUCUGCUGCUUCUGUCACCAGCAUAAAUAAUGACGUCAAUGAUGUUAUUUGCCUGUCUCCAGAUCUAGCUUUCUCUCCUUCACGGAAUCAUACAAAUUUGCAAGAGUGUCAUUCUGGAUUUGCCGAUUCCCACGAGAAAGGGAAAGAAUUUAAUGAAGGAACUUCUCCAGAAUGUCUUGCAGAAACUGAGGAACACAAAAAAGUGAAUCAACUGGAAGUUGCUCCUGCAGAUAACCCAUGCAAACCAGUCUCUUCUGACCAUUGCAAUUUGAAAACAUUUGAUAAUGAUCAUGAAUCAUCUCUGGCCAAACAAACACAAAAUAGUUUGUCUGACGAUGAUGUCACAACAUCCCCAACAUAUUCAGGACUAAGCAAUCAACAGCCGGAAUCAAAAUCGCACCAUCAGAGUCAUCUUUUUGAGAAUAGUGAAGAUGAGGUGUCUUCACCUACCGGCUACCUCCCAGAGGCAGAAGCUCCUUCGGAGAAGCCGUUACCAUUCGAAGCUGAUCAAGCUGAUGUGGAAAGAUUUCAAGAAGAUGAAGCAGCUUAUAACUCUCCAAAACUUCAAUCUGAACAGAUACAAUAUCUGAAUCACGUAGAUCAGAAAAGAUGUGAGCAGAUACAAUCUUCAAAUCACUUUCAUGAAAUAGGCUUUGGUGCUCCUGAAUUUCAUCCAGAACACCUUCUAUGCCAACCUUCAGCGUUGGAGUUCUUACCACAGUCAGCUGGUCUGGAACUUGAUGGUUCUAAGCAAGCAAUGGAUCCAUUAGAGUCUGCCCUUCCUAGCUUUGGCCUGCCCCCUGAGGCAGCUCAAGUUAAUCUGGAGGAUAUGCCACCAUUGCCACCUCUACCUCCUAUGCAAUGGAGGAUGGGAAAGGCUCAAAAUACUUUCCUAACUUCUCAGAGAGAUUUGGUUGAAGCUAGUCAGUAUGCGUUCACACCAUUGCAGCCACUCGAUGAUCAGAAAGCUCAAUUUGGUUUUCCAACAAUCGAGACACAGAUUUUGCAGCAUCAGAACCCACUUUUGCCCAUCAUGCCCGUAGAAGAUGAAAAAUCCCAGCAAGUUUCUGAACAAUUAGCAAGUAAUUUGGUGCAGCCGAUUCCUUUCUCUUUGCAAGUGCCAACCAUGGUUAGUGAUGAAGAUAGUCAAUACAACUGCCUCUCUUUGGAGGGAACACAAAGCAUGAAUCCAUUCUUAACGUCCCCAGCAAUACUUGAUGAUAGACCUGAAUAUGGUUUCCUUUCUUUAGAGGGAGAAAAGGCUCACUCUAGUUCAAUCCCAUUUUCACCAAUACCAACCAUUGAAUAUACAGCUCUUAGACAUGAUCCUGAACCUUCACAAGAGAAAUUUAUUGAGCCUCUCAAUCAAUUUGGACCAGAAACAAGAUCAGAGGAUAAAACACUUCAACCCACUCAGCAAAAUUAUUCUGAAGGGGAAUGGCGAAAUCCUUUUGACACAUCUAUGCCACCUCCAAAUAUGGAAGCAGAACAGCCUCAGCAUGCUUCACCGACUUCAGAUGGAGAAACCCCUCAUGUACCAGGCUUAGUAGAAAAGCCAAAUGGCAAUCCACCGAAGAUUCCUCGUCCUAGAAAUCCUCUCAUUGAUGCUGUUGUUGCUCAUGACAAAAGCAGGUUGAGAAAGGUAGCUGAACGGGUUCGGCCUCAUAAUGGACCAAAGGUAGAUGAAAGAGAUUCAUUACUAGAACAGAUACGAACGAAGUCCUUCAACUUGAAGCCUGCAGUGGUGACAAGAGCCAGCAUUCAUGGUCCGAAUACCAACCUGAAGGUUGCUGCUAUUUUGGAGAAAGCAAAAACAAUUCGCCAGGCGUUUGCUGGAAGUGAUGAAGAAGAUGAUUCAGAUAGUUGGAGUGAUGCUUGAAAAAAACUAGGUCUAUGGUACUGCAGCAUUUUUCUACAUUGAUUAUCGCAUUGAAAUGGUUUGGGAGAUGUUGUUCUCUCGGCUAUAGUUAAUAGAAAAUUUCUGUUAUCUGGUUUAUUCUUUCUUUCUGCUUCACAUUCAUGUAUAAUACUCCCCUCAUUUCCCCCCUUCUUUGUUUCUCUCUCUCUCAUUGAAGAUGUAUCCAUUGGCUUGUAGCCAUGCUCUACCUUCAGAAAAUCAGUCUGGAGUCAAAUGUUUUAUACAGAAUGACAGCUGAGGUUCAGUGUGCAAGUGCUGUUCCAAUCAAAUUCCAAGUAGUAUUAUUUACAACCUUGGCAAGUGUAAAUUGUGUUGGAGUGGCAUGAUUUUAAUCUGUAUUAUACCGAUGCAAUUUUGUAAUCUUGUAUGUAGUGUAUUUCUGAGGCACAUUUCCGCCCAUUUUUCCUUGUAUUUGGCCAAUGUAUGAUUGGCCAUCCAUGUCCAUCUUUGUUCAGUACAGCUCAAUUACGGUGUGAAAUAUCAAAAAGUAGAAACAUAUUAACUAUGUC